ACUGAUUCCUAUAAAAGGUAAUCGCACCAUAUCAGAAUAGUGUUUAUUGAAUAGACAGAAUUAUCAUCAACAUGAAGUACUUGGUUAUCGUAGCGUUGUGCACUUUUCUGGUUGUGGAAGCAACAGCCGCCAAACAUCCAAAAUCCACUCGCCCUCCUCGUCCUCCCAAACCGCAGAAAUGCUACACUUCUGAGGAUUGCGAAGCUGACGAAUGCUGCGUUGGAGAUCCCAAGAAAUUUUUCAAAAGAGCAGAGUGUAGAAAGCUAGAAGUUGAAGGAAACCGCUGUAGUGAAGAGGAUGCGCAUUUCAAAGGCAGAUAUCUUCUUCGUUGCCCAUGCGUAGAAGGCCUCACCUGCGAAUCCAAGCAGGUGUCUGGACGAAAAGAUGGAAAAUUGAGAUUCAAUGCGCGAUGCGUUGGCAACAGCACAUCAUCGCCAGAACCCGACACCAGUGAACCGACAGAAGCACCAGAGUCGGGAAGCACUGAGUCAGGAAGCAGCGAAUCAAAAAGUAAAGAGUCUGCAGAAGUAUUCCUUGCCUGAUAUAUUUUAUUCCAGUAAGCUUGAUUCAAUGGAUUUCGAGAUUAUUUAAAUAAUAAUAAAAAAAUUUUUUGAAAAGA